CUGUGUCCUUUAGAAGGAUAAAUGUGGGUUCACGGUUUCAAGCAGAGAUCCCCCCAGUGCGGGACACGCUGUACAUGCUGUAUGAAGAACACCCCGCUCAACUUGUCUGGACUCCUUGGAAAGAUCUCUCUACUAACACAGAAACACAACAGAGGGUCAAAGAGCUGUUAGACAUGUGCUGUUCCAGUUUGCUACCAGGAGGAGGCACCAACCUUGAAUUCGCUCUACACAGCCUUCAUGAAGUUCAGGGAAACAUAAUGGCAGCACUGGAUUUAAUCUUAAUAAGAGGAGAUUUUCGGACCUCCUGGCACCCUCUGAAUGAUUACCACUACACAGGGUCAGACCACUGGACAGUGCAAGAGAUGAAAGUGUUCAAGAAAGCUCUGGUUGAACAUGACAAGGACUUUCAACAGAUUCAUAAUGUGAUGCAGACAAAAUCAAUAGCCCAGUGUGUGGAAUAUUACUAUAACAUGAAGAAGCUGAAAAAGUUCAAGCAAUGUGUCCGAGCCUCAAAUAAAAAGGAUGAAUGUGGAGAGAUCUCUGCAUUCAAAUUCUCAGAAGAGCACAAGCCUGAACAGAUCAUUUGGAACACAGGACAGAAGACAACAACUGCUCAGAGUGAGUCGUGUGCCAGAGGUGUGAAGAGCCACAGUUCCCCCUCAGGUCAGAGCAGAAGACUAAAGUGAACUCAAUUCCAAUCAGUAUUUAAUAAAAAUCCUUUGUGAAGUGCUGAAGUGUGUUUUAAACUACAGUAAAUAAUCAACACAUUGUCCAGCGAUUAAUAUGGACCUUUAAAUUAGGCAUACAUUUUAUCCAAAAUAAAGUUCUCAUCAAAAGAACAGACAAAUUAAAGUAGUUUUUGUUGUUCACAUUUUAAGAGGUGCACAAGGCACUAAAGUUAGUUGUAUUUGAUGUUUUUAAAAUGUACCAGACUGGUGUAUUUAAAAUGACAGGGUUUCAUAAAAAGGAUUUCUUGGUUUUUAUUUUCAGUAUUUGUUCAACUGACAAAUGUGUGUUCAAAAUGUUCUCUCAGUUCAGAUUUGUCACUACCAAUCCUUACAAACCUACAUAGUUUUACAAUUCUACUUAUUUUCAUUUUUCCAUUUAUUAUCUACAAUCCAUUUAACCUAUAAUAAGGUUAUUAAAUUGCCAUGCCAUUAAAACAGCUGAUGAUGUCAAUGUAUACCACAAUCUCAAUGCAUAACAUGUUUGCAUUGUGUGUGGUUGUCUAAGCAUUACUUUGUUGUUCUAAUAGAACAAAUGUU